CUAUUGGCGAAUAUGAAGAACUUAGAGCAGAAAACAAGAAAACGAAAGAAGAGUGUGACAAAAUCAAGCAAGAACGAGAUGAGGCUGUCAAAAAACUGGAGGAGUUUCAGAAAAUUUCUCACAUGGUUAUUGAGGAAGUAAACUGUAUUCAGAACAAUCUUGAAAUUGAGAAGACGUGCCGUGAAAGUGCUGAGGCUUUGGCUUCUAAGCUGAACAAGGAAAAUAAGACCUUGAAAAGAAUUAGUAUGCUUUAUAUGGCAAAACUGGGCCCAGAAAUUAUCACUGAGGAGAUUAACAUUGAUGGGGACGAUUCACCCGCGGAUGCAGAAGCCAACUCUGGAUCGUGCACUUCUCUGCAUUGUCAGCAGCAGAUGAAAGAGCUGCGAGAUCAAAUCAUAUCUGUUCAUGAGGAAAAGAAGACCUUAGCCAUUGAACUGGAAAACCUGAGGUGCAAACUUGUAGAAGUAAUUGAAGAAGUGAACAAAGUGAAAGAAGAAAAGGCUGUUUUGACAACAGAAGUUAAUAAGCAACAAAAACUGUUGGAGAAAUGUAACAGAGUGUCUGUGCUGGCGGUCGAGGAAUAUGAAGAGCUUCAUGAAAACUUUGAACUGGAAAAGAACCUGCGGAAGAAAGCAGAGUCAUUUGCACAAGAGAUGUUUAUUGAACAAAACAAGAUGAAAAGGCAAAGUCAGUUGCUUCUGCAAAAUUCUGCUCCCGAUCAGCAGCUUUUGAAGGCUUUGGAUGACAAUGCGAAGCUAACCCACACGUUAGAAGAAGAGAGGCUUCAACAUCAGCAAAAGAUCAAAGAAUUGGAAGAGCAGCUGGAGAAUCAAGCGCUGCAUAAGGAGAUCAGUCGUCUUAAACAGCAACUAGAACUUUUGGAAGAAGAUAAAAAGGAACUAGAGCUUAAGUGUCAGAAUGCAGAAGAAAAAGCUAGAGACCUAAAGCACUCAGUUGAUGAACUUCAGAAACGAGUACAGCAGUCUGAAAAUCCUCCACCGCCUCCUCCACCGCCGCCCCCUCCUCCUCUUCCUCCUCCCCCUCCUCCGAACCCUAUACGGUCUCUCAUGUCUAUGAUUCGCAAGAGAUCUCACGCCAACACCAACGUGAGCAAGAAGGAGAAGCCUCCUCAGCAGGAGUCAGGUGAAGAAGUUACGGAUCUGAAGAGACAAGCUGUUGAGGAAAUGAUGGACAGAAUUAAAAAGGGAGUUCAUCUGAGACCAGUCAACCAGUCAAGCAGACCUAAAACAAAGCCAGAAACACCAAAGCCCUCUGAAAGUGCAAUGAAAGAAUUAAAAGGGAUUCUGGAAACAUUGAACAAAUCCACUAGUUCCCGAAGCUUGAAGUCCCUGGAAACAGACAGCGGUGAGACAGAGCUGGAACGAGUUCUGCGACGCCGGAAAGUGACCACUGACCAGGACAGUGGCAGUCCCACGGGCACCUUGGCCACAUCAGAAUCAAAAUCUCUGCCUGUGCUAGGUUCGGGAGCCAGUGCCGCACACACAGCGCUGAGCAAGAAAGACCUGGAGACAGAAUUCCCUCCCAAAGUACCCGACUCAGGUCCUGUCUCUGACCAGCCUAAGGGUGCCACAGGCUCCAAGCCCACGCUACAAUCGACCAGUCACACGGAAUUCACAAGAAGAGCUUCUGGCAGUGAAAAAGAGACCGAAUCCGUUGUGGUUUUAGGUCCCGUUUCCGCGGGCGGGGAGCGGGCGGCUGGGGACGCGCUGGGUCAGGACAAGGCGCAGGAGGAGAAGAGCAAGAGGCUGCACAAGGAAACGAACGCGGAGAAAAUGAAAGACACGGACAGUUCCAGCUGUUAAUUGUUACUCUGCGAGGCUGGAACUUUUGGGAAUCCUUGUCUGGACCCAUAAAUCACGUAGGUGUGUUGUAGGGGCUGUGCUCUGGUCUCCAAACCCUUCUCAGCAGCACAGACUGACACAUCUUUUGGAUGCGGUCUUGUUACACGCGUUGAAGUGUUAAACAACUACGUAUCACUCAAAAUCUCUUCCCCGUUUUCAUUUUGCAAUUAUGGUUAGUACUUUCUUAGAUACUGUCAGUUACCUUUUCUUUAAAACUGUAUUUGAAAAGGCUUUUUCCAUUACUCCGUUUUGAGAAGAUGCCUUGCUCAAAGGUCCAUCCUGAAGCUCGCCAGAAGCCCCUUGUGUCCCUCUUGAACUGGAGAGGUUUGGGUUAGCCCUUGGGGAGGUGAUUGCGCACACAUCAGCGUUACCAUGGGGGGGGUUAGUACUGAUAAUUAAAAAUUCAGGGUUUAGACACGUUGCUUUAAAAGUAUUUUGAUAUCUACUUAAGCCAAGAUCCUGUAGGCUUCCUCACUGCUGUCUCCGCACACGCUCUUUGGAGAAAAUGAAAAGCACAAAGCUCACACUUGAGUUUGGGGUUCCCUGGUGGAUUCCCCGGUGGGUCCCCAGCCCCGAGGCUGAGCCCAGGGGCAGCGCAGCGCGUCCCUUUGGUACCGAGGCUUUUGGUGCUCUCAUCUGGAUAAAAAGCUUUUCCAAGGAGGACUUCUCUCCUGGCUUUUGUUCUAGUAGCAAAGUUUGGAACUGCUGCAGGUUUGGAACUUGCUCUCUACAACUCCCUGAAAGGAGGGUGUAGCUGGGGAGGUCAGUCUCUUGUCCCAAGUCACAGGUGAUGGGACAAUAGGAAACGGCCUCAAUUUGCUCCAGGGGAGGUUCAGGUUGGAGAUUAGGAACAAUUUUUACACUGGAAGGGUUAUUGCACAUUGGA